AUGGAUGAAAUCGAAAAAUUUGGCAGCAACAAUCGAAAAGAAUAUAUUAUUAAUGAUCCCGAUGAUUGUAUUACUAUAGUUUAUACGAGUGGAAGUUCAGCAUUUCCAAAAGGAGCAAUCAUAUCUGAAAAUGUCUUUCGAAUUACUUUUCCACAACGAACUUUGUCUCGAAAUGAACAAAAUGUCAAAUUUAGUUAUCGACCAUUAGCAUGGAUAACUGAUCGUAAAGCUACAAUAGCAGCAUUUCUCGAAGGUGGCUCGACAGGAUUCUCAACGGGCGACGUCACUCGACUUAUGGAAGAACUUGCUUUGGUCGCACCUACAAGUUUCUCAGCACCACCUACUUUUUGGAAUAAGAUCUAUUCGGAAUUUCAAAGAACUCUUACAUUAAGAAAUGAAAAAGAUGAAGAAACUCUUCUAGAAUAUUUUUCAAAAUUAAUUCCUCAACGAUGUCGAGUUAUUUCGAUUGGUGGUGCCAUGGUUAGCCCAUUCGUAUUAAAUUUUAUGAAACUAUGUUUUCGACAUUGCAAAAUAGUUGAAGCUUACGGAACGACAGAAUGUGGUCGAAUAACUUUCAAUUACAAGUUUCUUAAAACAAUUAUUGAUUAUCGUCUAGAAUCAGCAAUAGAUAUCGGUUAUACAAUUAAUGAUAAGCCGUUUCAGAGAGGUGAACUUGUUAUUAAAACAGCACAAAUGUUUUCGGGAUAUGUAAAUAAUUCUGAAGAAACAAAAUUAGCGCUGACUGAGGAUGGAUACUUUCGUACGGGUGAUAUUGUUGAAUUACGUUUGAAUGAUGACAAAACACCUAAUAUACAUAUUAUUGAUCGUAGAAAAAAUUUUUUCAAACUUGCACAAGGACAAUUUGUGUCAGCCGAAUUUCUCGAAAGUAUUUAUUUACAAAGUUUAUUUGUUGAACAAAUCUAUAUUUAUGGUGAUGGUCUAGACAAUAGUGUCAAAGCAGUUAUUGUACCUAAUAAAGAAUAUUUUGAAAGUUUUCUUAUAAAACAUAAUAUUAAACAAAUUGAUUUCAAUCAUCCAGACAAUUUAUUUUAUGAUACUAUUAUGAAUGAUUUGCAUUCAAUAGCUACGAAAGAAUCGCUUCGAAUGCAUGAAAUUCCAUCAAAAUUAAUCAUUGAUUUCGAACCAUUUACAAGUGAAAAUGGUCUUUUAACAUUAUCAAUGAAGCUAUGUCGUCCUAAAUUAUUUGCACAUUAUGCUCAUCGAUUAAAAGAGAAUAAUUCUAUUCAUAAUCAAUUGAAAAAUAUUCUCGAAAAAGCAAUUGGACAAGAAUUAUCAUUGAAUGAUGAUGAUCAAUUAUUUUUAACAACAGGUAUAGAUUCAUUAACAGGUUUGCGUCUAUCUCAUAUGAUAGACAAUGAUUUGGGUGUAUCAAUACCAUUAAAUAUUCUAUUUGAACCUAAUAUGAAUUUACAGAAACUAGUCAAUAUUGUUCAAGAUCCUAUGCAAAUAUGUUCUUGGUCAGAAUCGAUUAAAUCACAAAUAUUAAAUGAUUGUCAACUUGAUUUGAAUAUCAAAAUUAAAACACAUAAAGAUAUAAAUCGUUCUCCUUCAAUAAUUUUUAUCACUGGAACAACUGGAUUUGUUGGAGCUUUUCUCCUUUCUCAAAUGUUAAAAGUUUAUCCUUUGACUUGUAAAUUUCUAUGUCUUGUUCGAUGUCAAACUUUCAUAAAUCCAUUAGAUCGUAUUCGUGAAAAUAUGAUGUUUCUUCAAAUAUGGAACGAUGAUUUCCGAGAACAAAUUAUUGCUUUACGAGGCGAUCUCACUAAAUAUCAUUUUGGAUUUGAUGAUGCAUCAUAUGAAGAUCUCGCUAAUAAGACAGAUAUUAUUAUUCAUUGUGCUGCUAUCGUCAAUUUUGUAUUACCAUAUAAAGCACUCUACGAUACCAAUGUUAAUGGUACUAGAGAAAUCAUUCGUUUUGCUGGUCAUCCUUCGACAUUCAUACCAAUAAAAUAUAUAUCGACAAUGAGUCUAUUACCACAUGGAAUGAAACAUGACAUAUCUAUUGACAAUAUUCGUCCAGAUCAUUUGAAUAAUGGUUAUACACAAAGUAAAUGGGUUUCAGAGACACUCAUGGCAAAGGCAGCUCAUAUGGGUAUACCAGUUAAUAUCUAUCGUUUAGGAUCUAUUGGUUCUAAUACUCAAACUGGAGCUUGUAACAAACAUGAUCUAAACACAUUAUUCAUUAGUACAAUUAUGAAGAUAGGUUAUUAUCCAUUGAAAAUAGUUAAAACGAAGUUGAAUCAAUUACCUGUCGAUUUAGCUGCUCAAGCAAUCAUUUCUUCGGAUAAAAUUCAACCCGAUACUUACGGAAAUAUUUAUUAUAUUGUUAAUAAAAAUGAGGAAAUACCAUUUGAAGAUAUUGUUAAAUGUAUUUGUAAAUGUGGUAUUAAGAUUGAAUCUAUUUCUGAUGAUGAAUGGAAAAAUCAACUAAUGUUACAAUCAAAACAAAAUGAUUUUAUUAAAUCAAUUGGAGAAUUCUUCUUAUAUAAUUCGUUUAAACAGGCAAAUUCGAAUGCUCAAGAAAAUGAAUCAAUUAAAAAUUCUCACUUGAAUUUUCUAUCUGGUGAUAACUAUUAUAUUAUGAAAUGGUUAACAUUCAUUUUGAAUAAUAUUAUUCAUUAA